AUGGCUCAAUUCCCCUGGCGUAUCUACGGCGUCUGCUUCUUUGCUGCCUUUGGUGGUCUCUGCUUUGGUUAUGACACAGGUGUCUUGAGUAGUAUCCUUACGAUGGAGGACUUCAUCUACACAAUGAAGCAGCGCGACUACUUGACCCCUCUGGAACAGGGUACCUUGACCGGUCUGUUGCUUGCCGGUUGUUUCUGUGGUGCCUUGGUUGCCGGUCAAACUGCUGAUCUCAUCAGCCGUAAGCGAACGAUCAUCCUUGCCUCUCUCGUCUUCAUGCUCGGUGCCGCCCUUCAGACUGGUGCCAAUGGCUAUGCCAUGAUGGUUACUGGCAGAGCUAUUGCUGGUUUGGGUAUUGGUGGUCUGUCCAUGACCGUCCCGCUUUAUCAGUCUGAGCUUGCUCCCAAGCAGAUCCGUGGUCGUCUUAUCUCGCUCCAGCAGUUCAUGAUCACCGUCGGUCUGAUGAUUGCUUUCUGGGCUGGCGCAGGCACCAACAUCCAUCAAACUGGCCAAGCUAGCUGGCGUAUCCCUCUCGCUAUCCAGAUCGCCCCUGCACUCAUUCUUUUCUUUGGCGCCUUUUUCCUUCCUUACUCUCCCCGUUGGCUCAUCAGCAAGGGCCGCAAUGAAGAGGCCUUGGAGGUCUUGGCCAAGCUGCACGCCAACGGUGACGCCAACGCGCCUUUUGUUCAGCAAGAAUACCAUGAAAUCAUUGAGCAGGUCUCCCACGAACGUGCUGUUUCUGUCACCAACUACUUUGAGCUGUUCAAGGGCACUCUUCGCCGCCGUCUCAUUCUCGGUAUCCUCAUCCAAGUCUUCCAACAGUUCACUGGCAUCAACAGUAUCAUGUACUAUGCUCCUCAGAUCUUCAAGCAAGCUGGUAUCGGCGAGCAAUCUGCAACCCUGAUUGCCUCUGGCGUCAACGGUGUCUUGAACAUGUUUGCUACCGUGCCUGCCAUCAUGUUCAUGGACAAGUUGGGCCGUCGUAAGACCCUCAUGAGCGGUGCCAUUUUCAUGGGUGUUUCCAUGCUUCUUUGUGGUAUUGUCAUGGGUGCCACCGGUCGCGUCUACUAUGACGCUGCCGAGGACAAGAACAACGUUGACAUGAGCGGUAACACCAGCGCAUCCUACUUUUGUAUCGUCAUGAUCUACUUUUUCGUCGCCGGCUUUGCCUACUCCUGGGGCCCUGUUGGAUGGAUCUAUCCUGCCGAAAUCUAUACCCUGAACAUUCGCGCAAAGGCUACCUCGUUGAGUACCGCUGCCAACUGGCUCAUGAACUUUGUCAUUUCUGAAAUCGUGCCCGUCAUGUUGGCUUCCAUCACUUGGGGUACCUACAUCUUCUUUGGCUGCUGCUGCUUUGUGAUGUGUUGCUGCGUCUUUUUCUUCUUCCCUGAGACCAAGGGCCGCUCCCUGGAAGAGAUGGACGCCGUCUUCAGUGGAUCUAUCAUUGCUUUCCGAAGCAAGCCUGCAUUGCCUCAUACUGAGGAGUUGGACGCCGAGAAGGUUGGCUCGAUCAACAGUGGAAAGGAGUAG